UUAAGAAUCCGAGCGGCAGGCUUUCCUUUCUCUCCCCGACAUUUAAACCCAUUAACAUCCACAGCAGAGAGGUGUUUGUUUUUUUUCCUUUUUGGUUCCGAGGCUGAAGACAGAAGCUGCUCCUGUCUCAACUCUCUCUGCCAGGUGUGUGUGUGUGUGUGUGUGGGAGAGAAGCACUGGGAACAAUGGUGAAGAAUGUGAACAGCGUCAUCGCGGAGCCCCAGCCCGGGACCAGCCUGGCCUCUGACGAAGCCGAACCCGCAGACAGCCAGCCUACAGAGGAUUCUGGAAAAGACCACGUGGCGCCUGCCCCUGGCAUGAUGUGGCGGGUGACCGGAGGCCUCUUCAACGUCACAAAGGGAGUGGUGGGCGCAGCGGUGGGCGGCGUGGCCUGGGUGGGCGGCAAGAGCCUGGAGAUCACCAAGUCGGCCGUGACAACGGUGCCCUCGAUGGGGGUGGGGCUGGUGAAGGGCGGGGUAUCUGCUGUGGCCGGCGGCGUCUCCACGGUCGGCUCGACGGUAGCCAGCAAGGUCCCGUUCACAGCCAAGAGGAAAGACAAGGCCGAGUGAAGAGGAGGAGGAUGACGAUGAUAAUGAUGAUGAUGAUUGAUGAUGAUGAUGAUGAUGAUGGACUUGCCCCGCCCUGAGCCAACAGAGAGAGGCUGCCAGCUGAUCUCUGUCUGCCAAUCAAACUCCACAGUGCCUUGAAUGUGGUCACCAUACAGAGAUCUAGACUUUGACGAUGCAAAUACUCCAUUCAGUACCGCAAAUAUUCAGUAGAAUCCAGAAUUACAAGAUGCUUUGAGCCACAGUCAGGCUUCAUAAAAAGUUACUCAUGUGACUCUGAGUGGGAUUCGUACGUCUGGAAGUGAAUAUCUGGCUCCAGGCCGAUCACAUGGACCAGGAUCCACUUCAGCACGUGGUGGACGACUUCUUUUUUUUUUUUUUUUAUCUGUUUACAAUCCAGACUGACGCUGUCGCAGUUCCUUCAUCUCUUCACUCUUUGCAAACUACACAUAUUUGGUGAAGUGUUUCUGAAUUAAGAUGCUGAUUUUUUUAUUUUAUUUUUUUGUUCUUUUUUGUUUUCAAAGUUAUUGAAGUACUAUCGAAAUCCAUGUGACAAGAAUAGUUUGUGGCGAGAGAAAUAACAAAAAUAAGGAAAAAAAAGUGAAGGAUCAGCAACAUUGUUCAGCCUACAGCCUUCACUGAGUCUGACCUCCUUUUUAAUCCUUUGGAAGAGCCCAGGGCGGCGUUUCCCCAGCAGCCUUGGAUCUGCAUCACUCCUCUGAUAUGCAUUCCUGAAGACUGUAGACACAAUCAACACCGGGCUCCUGCCUUUUUCUCACAGCUACAUUUUUGCCGACAUUUUCUGUGUGAGAUGUUAAAAUGCUGUGUUCGACCUCGACUGGUCGACUUUUUGUAAGAUUUAAAAAAGAAAAAGGAAAAAAGAAAAACAUUCAGCAGCAUUUCAUAAUGAUUGUCUGAGGGGAAGAGUGCUCGAUGUUGUCUGAACUGGUCAGUCAGUGAAUAUUUGAACUGCUCCUUUUUAAUCAGAGUCACUGUACUGUGGUGCAGGCAACAUUAGUGAACGUUUGUAUGCAAGUAUCAGCAUUUCAAUGCAACAUUUUGAGCAAGUGGGAGCUGUUGCUGAUGGGUCUAAACUAUUUGAAUGUGUUGUAUGUGUUAUUUUGGAUAUAUCAAUAAAGUAGUUUGAAAGGUUAAA